UGAAAAAAUGUCCGCAAAAUAUGAUGUGGAGUGUCAAUGGCGUCUACUUUCCACAGAAAUCGAGAGCAUAGAAGCUGUGACUGAUGAUAAACGAGUAUUAAAACAUAUAAUGAUUGAUAUUCUCAACCUGAGGAAUGGAAUGGAAAAUAAUUUACUUCUACUCCUGAUUAAACAACGGGAGGGAGACGAGCAGAAGAGGUUUGAUGAUGUAAUUCAUACAGCUCAGGAGCAUAUAGACUUUAUCAGUAAAGUAUAUACUCUAGGACUAUCCUGGCUUAAAGAUGAACGAGAAUAUACUCUUGGUUUAAUUGAAGGUAUUAAUAAGAAAGAAAAUGAAGAAAAUAAAGAACAUGAUAAACAUGAUAAACAUGAAGAACAUGAAGAACAUGAUGAAACUGAAGAACAUGAGGAAAAUGAAGAGGAUAUGGAAGAAAUGUCAGAUGAUCUGAAAACCUACCAUAAUGCUGAUGCUGAUAAUGAAUCUAUGGAGGAGUGUGAAGAUAUUAAGAUUGAUAUUCUAGAACUAGAGAAGAAUGUCCAGUUCAACCAAACGGAGGACUCCCAGGCUGAUGUAGGGCUCGGAGUUAAAGAGGAACCUAAAGAAAAAGUCGAAGAAGCUAAAUUUGACGGAGAGUUUGAACAGAAUCAUCACCAAUGUUCUCAGUGUGGCUUUGUAGGUGCGACUGCGCAGCAAUUAAAAGAACACAAUGAAACUCUUCACCCUGCGCUUAUAUACCAUUGUGAUCAAUGUAAGUACAGUGGUACCUCAGAAUUAAAACUUAAAGUUCAUAAAACUCGUCAACAUGAGCUGCGCCGAUUUCCCUGUGAUCAGUGUGAUUUUAUAUCAACCACCUUGCAGCUGAUGAAAGAACAUGUUACGCGGAAACAUUCUGUCAAAUCAUUUUGUGAUCAGUGUGAAUUUACCGGUAUCAAGAGCGAGGUAACAAGACACAGGAAAAUCCGACAUGAAGGUUUAAGAUUUGCAUGUGAUCAAUGUGAUUUUAAAUCAACUAGUAACGCAUAUUUGACACGACACAUUCACAGAAAACAUGCAGGGUUUAAGUACUUAUGUUACUUGUGUGAAAGAACCUUUACAGCCGAAAACAAUUUGAAUAGACACAUUAAAACUGUACACGAGAAACAAAGACAUUUUUGUGAUCAAUGCGAGUACACGGCCUGCCAGCAGUCUCAACUUAAAGAACAUAUUGACGGCGUACACAGAGGUAUUACUUACCCCUGUAAUGUAUGUGACUAUGUGGGAACAUUGUCUAGUAAUCUAAGAAUGCACAAGCGAAUGAAACACAGUGAUCGUCCCAAAGUGAAAGUAGUGGAUCAAGAAGCAGAUCGUUUAUGUGAUCAGUGUGGACAUGUUGCUAGUUCAAAGGCAAAUUUAGGGGCACACAAGAAGACUGUGCACGAAAAGUCUGACCUACAUAUGUGCGAUCAAUGCGAUUUUUCUACCUAUAAUCCGACAUCUUUAAACACCCACAAGGAGCUGCAUGAUGGGAUAGAACAUCCCUGUGAUCAGUGUUCCUAUGUAGGAAACACUAAACACAAUUUGCGAUCCCACAAGAAGUUCAACCACGGAGGUCAGAAGGUGCCAUGUGAUUUAUGUGAAUACGCAGCUCAUGAUUCAGCUCAUUUAAGAGCACACAGAAACGCAGUUCAUCUUGGAAUUAGAUACCCAUGUGAUCUAUGUGAGUUUGCUGCUACCUCUAAAGGAACUCUGAAACAGCACAAAUUGAGUAAGCAUGACGAUACAAAACAUCCAUGUGCUCUAUGUGAGUAUGUUGGAUCAACUGAGGUUAACUUGAGAAAGCACUUGAGGAAGAGACACGAAUAGUGGGAUACAAUCUUGAUCCUUUCUUUUACCAUAGUAGAAUGAUAUUUUAAAAGAAAAUUUUUGUUAUUUACUUGUUUUUGGUUUAAAUUUUCACUCUUUUAAUAUUAGAUUCUCACUUGAUACCUUAACCCUUAUAUUCAUUUAUUUUUUCCUAAAAU